CCCGGGGCCGCGAUGCGCCGGCCCGCUGCGCCCUGCUCCCGGGGGCCCUGCCGCGGCGGCGGAGGCGGGGCGACCCUGCAGGAACAGGAAGGCUUUGGCUCUUUGGGUACCCAGCUGAUUUUGUAACAGUGUAUUGAAACGACUGAGACCAAGAACCUUAAUUUGAUUACUCCUACUGCUCAUCUCAGCAUGGGGAGGAUCAGCGUCUCCUGCCUGUUUCCCGCGUCCUGGCAUUUUAGCAUCUCCCCAGUGGGGUGCCCUAGAAUUCUGAACACCAACCUACGCCAGAUUGUGGUCGUCGGCAUCCUGGCCGCUGCCGUUUCCUUGUUGUAUUUCUCUGUCAUCAUAAUCCGACAUAAGUAUGGGCGCUUGUCCCGGGAUAAGAAGUUUCACAGGUAUCUGGCCCGAGUGACAGACAUCGAAGCUACUGACACCAACAACCCCCACAUCAAUUAUGGCAUCGUGGUGGACUGCGGCAGCAGCGGAUCUCGGAUUUUUGUCUAUUGCUGGCCCCGGCACAACGGCAAUCCUCACGAUCUGUUGGAUAUCAGACAAAUGAGGGACAAAAACCGGAAGCCGGUGGUCAUGAAAAUAAAACCAGGCAUAUCUGAAUUUGCCACCUCUCCAGAAAAAGUCAGUGAUUAUAUUUCCCCACUUCUGAGUUUUGCUGCAGAACAUGUGCCACGGGCGAAACAUAAAGAGACCCCUCUCUAUAUCCUCUGUACAGCCGGGAUGAGAAUCCUUCCGGAAAGUCAGCAGAAAGCCAUAUUGGAAGAUCUUCUGACGGACGUCCCAGCACACUUUGACUUUCUGUUCUCUGACUCGCAUGCCGAGGUUAUUUCAGGGAAACAAGAAGGUGUCUAUGCUUGGAUUGGCAUUAACUUUGUCCUCGGGCGAUUUGAGCACAUUGAAGAUGAGGACGAGGCAGUGGUGGAAGUGAACGUUCCUGGGGGCGAGAGCCAAGCGGCUAUUGUCCGCAAAAGGACAGCGGGUAUUCUGGACAUGGGCGGAGUGUCUACCCAGAUAGCGUAUGAAGUCCCCAAAAGUGUAAGCUUUGCCUCCUCACAGCAGGAAGAAGUAGCUAAAAAUUUGCUUGCUGAAUUUAACCUGGGCUGUGAUGUUCACCGAACUGAGCAUGUGUAUAGAGUAUAUGUGGCCACCUUCCUUGGCUUUGGUGGCAAUGCAGCCCGGCAGAGGUAUGAAGACAGCAUAUUUGCCAACACCAUGCUGAAGAACAGGCUCCUGAGUAAGCAGACAGGUCUAACUUCUGACGCUCCGUAUCUGGACCCUUGCCUACCCUUAGACAUUCAGGAUGAAAUUCAGCAGAACGGGCAGACCGUGUACCUCCGGGGCACUGGAGACUUCACCCUGUGCCGGAAGACUCUGCAGCCUUUCAUGAACAAAACAAAUGAGACCCAGACCUCACUCAGCGGGGUCUAUCAGCCUCCGAUUCACUUUGACAACAGCGAAUUCUAUGGCUUUUCAGAAUUCUACUAUUGCACUGAAGAUGUGUUAAGAAUGGGGGGAGAUUACAAUGCUGCUAAGUUUAGUAAAGCUGCCAAGGAUUAUUGUGCAACCAAGUGGUCCAUCUUGCGGGAACGCUUCGACCAGGGGCUGUAUGCCUCUCAUGCUGACCUUCAUAGGCUGAAGUAUCAGUGCUUUAAAUCCGCCUGGAUGUAUGAGGUGUUUCACAGAGGCUUCUCAUUUCCAGUUAAUUAUAGCAAUUUGAAGACGGCCUUGCAGGUUUAUGACAAGGAAGUGCAGUGGACGCUGGGAGCAAUCCUCUACAGAACCCGGUUUUUACCUUUGAGAGACAUCCAGCAGGAGAACUUCCGGGCCAGCCACGCUCACUGGCGAGGCUUCUCCUUCGUCUACAACCACUACUUGUUCUCUGCCUGCUUCCUGGUCGUCCUCUUAUCCAUUCUGCUCUAUUUGCUGCGGCUGCGGCGGAUUCACCGGCGCAUGCCGUGGAGCAGCUCAGCGGCCUCCCUCUGGAUGGAGGAAGGACUUCCGCCCCAGAAGAUGGCUGGAGCCUUGUGAGCCAGGCGCGAGUGAGGGCCCGGGAGACUGGGAAAAGAAAAAGCCAUUUUUGCCUCAGGGGUUCUUCUCAUUUCUCCCUCUUUUUUUCCCUCCCAGUUUGGUCCCUUCAAAUAACAACAAAACAAUUUUUAAAAGACCUGCCUUCCCGGCAGUGUGGUGUUCACUUAUUUUUGGAAACUGCUGAGGGGUGGGAAAUACACUUGGUAUUUGGUAAUCGAACAUCCCAGCCAGAAGUUCUUGGCACUUUGCUUUUUAAACAGUUGUUAACAUGAAAGCACUUUCACAUUGGGGGGGGGGGGGGGGCCGAGAGCCCCUCAGGAUGAGGAGGACUGGUGGUGCUGCUGCUGAGGAGGAACCCUGCCGAACCGGGGAGUCCAUGGACUGAAGUUCUGAUUCCUCUUCCUUCCCUUGUGGAAUGAGCUCCCCAGCCCAGCCAGGGAAAUGGUCUUUCUUUUGUAUUUAUUUUUCAGGUUCACUGCUCUGAGAUUUCAUUGAAAAUGUUUCAAAAUCCUGAGCCACCCAAAUAGAGGACAGACCAGGGUGGGGUUGACAGGCUUUAAAAACGCUAGUGAGGAGACCUGUAAAAUGUGAAAUAUGGAUUCGCUCCCUGUGUAUAGGGGGUGUGUGUGUGUGUGUGUGUGUGUGUGUGUGCGCGCGUGCGUGCGCCUGUCUCUGUGUAUACGUGCACAUGUGCGUGCGUACACAUGUCUACACAAUGUGUGCGUACAAAAUGAUGAUGAAUUUGAGUGAGGAUAAAGAAAACCUGCCUCUUCCCUAGGACUCUUCUUAAAAGCAAAAAAAAACAAAAACUUCAAGAUCGCUCUUGCUUCAUUUGUGUUGAGAGAAAUCCCCCCCAGUGAGAAGCUGCCUCUUUCACUGACAGAGGGCCACAACACCUUUCUCCCUCCCUCUCCGUGUCCCAGGAGCCUGUGCAGUGCCUGAUGCUCUGCAGAGGGAGAUGGCCUGUGUCCUUAGAGCACUCCUCUGUUGGUCUGGUUUCUUUGGCCUGGGUCAUUCUUUUUUCCAGUUUUCCUCCUUCAAAUGGAUGCCUUGAGACUUGACUAAGAGGGGCACUCCCAAGAACUGUGUUUUUGUAGAUGGGAAAUAUCAGCUGGGGGGGGGGCUUUCCCCCUGUUGUAAUGAGGCUGCAUCAGCAAAGCUCUUAUAGAAGCCCGGACAAGAGGAGGAACAAAUGUUAUGUGUUGGCUUAGAGGGGAUGAGCCCACGGUUCAGAUACUUCAAGCAUUCUGAGGGAAAAAAAAUAUUUUAGGGAAGACCAGAUUAAAAGCCAGGUGGUAGGAGUGCAUUCCCAGCCAGAGAGUUCUAGUUGUAGAGUCUUUGAGUGUUCAAGACAGCUCGCGUCAUCUCGCCGUGAAGUUGGUCACUGACUGGAGUGAAGACACUGCUCUUUGUGCUGUUCAUUGCAGCUGGCCUGGGGAGGUCCGUCAGCAGGCAGCACAUCUCUACUUUCAGGGUUGUCGCUGGUUUUUCCUCUCCGUGAGUUUAAAGUAGGCUGCGAGGAUGGAAUUUGCCGAUCGGGCUGUUUGCCCAGCAGUUUGAUAACACUAUUAAGGCGGAUUUCCUUAAAUACUCUGUUGUCAAAAACACUGUGAUGAAAUAUCGCAGAGGCCAAAGUUUUCCCUUCCUGAUAUAAAUUCUCCAAAAUGGAAGUCCCCAAAAUGUAAAAAUUAUUGAAACGUUCUCCCCUAAGCUAUCCCCCAAGUUGAAGUGUUGGCGAUUGCCAGGGCAGUGCAUACCAGAGAACGCUGGGCGCUUCCCCGUGGUACCUUUAGGUCUGCCUUCUGAAAUAUGGUCACGCCUUUGGCCCCUGGGGCGCAGCCUUCCUGGGCAGGAGGCGGUGGGAUGAGCCCCCCCCAGUUUGAAAGGAGGCGGUCCGCAGAGCUGGCGCUGAGGCUCAUCAUUCCACCUGCACCAGCAAAGUCGGUUUUCUUCCUCCACGAAGAAGGAAUAAUUGUCCAGUUACUGACAUCCCGGCUGGGCGGGCUUCCAAGGUGAACAUGGCUGGCAUUGGGGUCUGCCUUUGUCAGAAGGUUCCAGGUGGGGCAUCUGUGCUUCACGUAGAUCCAGCUGAGCGCAGAAACUUGGGCCCAAGUCAGCCAUCGUUCCAGCUCCCUCCGAGAAGACGGCUGAGAGGCCAGACCUAAAUGUUAUUUCCUCCUGGGUUUCAUUACCUAACUUUGCUUCUUGGUAGUUUUCAAGAUAAAUUUUCUAAGAAGCCAGAAAGCAAAUAGCAAAAAGUGAUUUAUUCUAGUGAAAUUUUUUUUAAAUCAAAUGGAAUAUUGUGAUUGGAAAUUUUGUUAUCAAUUCAUUUGUGCCAAAUAGGGAAAUAACAUUACAUUCCAAUGUUUUUCAGCAUUACAGGUAGAAGUAAUGCUCAUUGCCUUCCAUGGGCCUAACUCAAAUUGCAAAAAAUCAUUUUGAUCAUUAAAUCAUUAUGUCUGACUGAUCCAAGGCUGGUGAAUGCCACACUACAAGUCCCUGCUGUGGUUUAUUUAUGACCUUUUGGGGUCAUGAGGCUAUUAGCAAGCAUUUUGAAUUCCUGAUCCACUUACCUAUGGGUUUCGCUAUUUAAGAAAUGUAAUUUUCUUGUAGAAAUUUCCUCCAACAUUUAUUCACAGAAACCUUCAGGUAGCUGCCUGCCAUGCUGUGUCAGGAGGACUGGUAGUCUGUUUUGCAAACAGAAUAAAAGGCUGAGUUCAGUAGGAGGAGCGUCCCAGCCAAAGACUGGCCAAACUACUGCGUGGGCCUGUGGAACCUCGAAGAAUGAUGACCCGUUUUCAGUCCUGUUAUGGAGAGCCCUGCAGGGAAUGCAGCUUCUGAAGUCACCUGGGCUGUGCUGAGAGGGUUUGCUUUGUUUUCAGACCUUGGGUGAAGCAUUGUGAAAGGUUUCACAAUAAGCUUAGCCGGACAUUGAAAUGUGGUGACAGGUUUAUAAAGUGAUGAGAUGACAUUUUUCCUCUGACCUGCAGUCUGUGGUGUACUUGCAUUUCAGAAUCAAGCCCACAUAAAACAACUCAGGGUACAAGAAGCGUCACUUAGGAGACGAAACGACAAAAAUGGGUUUUCACAACAUUUGUAAAAAACAACUCCCGUCUCUGUGUGGUGGUCGCGUUCAAUGCCAUGAAAGUAUGUUAGGCAUUUGGCUGUUUGUGACUUGGGACAUUUGGUACCGAUGCUGCCUUGUGAUUACAAACGAUGUGACUAAUGAAGGAUAAUUCUGGAACCUGUUGCUGAAAUAACAAGGUUUUUACUGCUGGGAAUUGCAGAAAAGGAGGGAACGUGUUUAAAUUAAACUUGGUCUUUAUCAAGUUGAUUUUUCCUUUCAAAAUUGGUAAUCCUUGUUUUGGAAAUCUUUCAGGUGGGCAAGCCCCACCAAAUCCUUGUAUCCUUUCAUUUUCUAUAUUUAGCAGCCCCAUAUUGGCACACAUGAAUGGACACUGAUGGAUGCUGAGAAUAAAGCAGAAAUUCAUGACAUUGCUUACA